AGAUUUAGCGACGAAAGCCAGCCACCCUACGGCCCCGCCGCCGCCCCCCUCGAUCCUCACCCUCCCCAGCGGCGGAUCUCGAGGCCCUCCCUCCCUCCCUCCCUCCCUCCAGGCGCGAGCAUGGACUGCCCCAGGAGGGGCGGCGCGGUGGCCGGGCUCCCCGACGACCCGCUCGUGGAGAUCCUCUCCCGCGUCCCCGUCAAGUCCCUCUGCCGGUUCAAGUGCGUCUCCAAGGCCUGGCGCGACCUCAUCGCCGACCCCCUCCACCGCCGGAAGCUCCCCCAGACCCUGGAGGGCUUCUUCUGCGGCCUCAGGUACGAGGACGGUGAGGAUGGAUACGGCGGUGAUGGCUGCUGCGGCGGCGGCGGCCACUGGCUUGACUCCGUCUUCAUAGACCUGGUGGGGCGGUCCGCGCCGCUCGUGGACCCUUCCUUCUCCUUCCUGACGAAGAAGCUGCCGGGCAUCAAGCACGUCAGGAUCCUGCAUUCCUGCAAUGGGCUCCUCCUCCUUAGGCACGGCCCGGUUCCGCACACUGACACGCACACGCUGGGCUAUGUGGUCUGCAAUCCGGCCACGCAGGAAUGGGUGGCCGUGCCCAGCUCCGGCUGGCUGUACUCGGAUCCGCCGGAAGGGGAAGAUGAGGACGACGACGAUAGGGAAAUUGGGCUGCGCACCUACUCGUCAGAAACUGGGGUGUGGACUGACAGAUCAGCUGAGCGGAGGAGAUUGGAAGAGGGAGGUGAAAGCACACAAUUGGGUAGUUUUGGGACCAUAUUGUCCUCGUUGGGCAGCGCCUUUGUUAACGGCAUGCUGCAUUUUAUCGUCGACCACAUUCAGAAAGAUGAGGACCUGAUUGUUGCGGUUGACUGGGAAGGGAAGACACGCAGGUUCAUCAGCUGGCCGCAGAGUCACAAUUGUAGGGGUCCUGCAUUUCUUGGUCAAUCUCAAGGGCAUCUCUAUUGCAUCAGUGAACAGAUAGAAGGCAACUCUACGCAGAUCACCAUUUGGGUUCUUGAGGACUAUGAUAAAGAAGAAUGGGUCAUGAAGCACAGUGUGAGCUCUUUGCAGCUCUUUGGAAGUAUUAAAUGGCUCGUCCACUUUGACUACACUGUGGUCGCCAUUCAUCCAGAUCGCAAUUUGAUUUUCAUUUCUCACCGGGGCCAAAAGCUGAUAUCUUAUAACAUGGAUAGCAAGGAAGUGGAUGCUGUCAGCACCGUCAGAGAAGACUAUGGCAUUACGCCCUAUGUCCCCUAUUUUUCAGAAUCACCAGUGCUCUCAAAUAAACACUGAAAGCAUUCCUUGUGGGGAUGCAAUGGAUGUUCGACAGGAAUUUCAUAUCUAUGUGUAGAGAGUAUCAAUUUGGGUAAAUCUUCUGGAGUCAUGACAUGCAUAUGCUGCUGCUUGGAUGUAUUCCUUCAUGCUUUUGUUCCAAGUAUUUGUUCAAGCCUGUUGUAUUCUCGAAAUAAAAUAAGUCAAUUGAGACAUAGAUGUUGGCUUGCUUUAGAAUUUGGAUUACACAUGCAAGCUCUUAUGCUGAAUGAAUUAAUGUAGCUUCCAGAUUGCUGAA